AAAAAAUGAAGAGAACACUUGAGAUUGAUCUUGAUAUUCUUGAGGAUGUUGUUCCUAGUUUAAGUAAACGAACGAAAUUUAUGCAAAUGGUAGAAGAGUAUAAUCAUAUGAUAAAUGAAGGGGUUUUAUCUGAGAGUGAGGAUGAAGAUGAAUUGAGUGAUGAUUUGAGUGAUGAAUCGAACGAAGAAUCGAAUAAAGAUGAAUUAAAGGAAAAUGAUUCUGAGUUGGAUGAAGAUGAAUCGGAUGGGAGUGAUAGAUCUGGUGAUGUUAAGAUACAAGAGAGAAAACCUUAUAAUAAUUAUAUGAGUGAGAGAUUCCAUGUUGUUAAGGAAUCGAAUCCUGAAUUGACCAAUCAAGACAUCUUUAGACUUCUUGCCAUUGAGUGGAAGAAUAGUCCGACGAAUCCAAAAAAUAAUUGUAAAAUCUAA